CCAGAGCAAGAGCUUUCUCCGCAGUCUAACCCCAACUCUCCUCUCAACUAUGCCGGAGUAAGAUGGAACAAAACCUUAUCCCUCUCCUCCUCCUCCUCCAACCCGUCCUGCGAGCUGAUGGGCAGUAUCAGCUGGUUCGUGAGGAUCCAUUUGCCCAGUUAUCUAGUACCUUGCAGACCUGGCAAUCUGCAGCUUGUGAUGGAGAAUUUACUCAUCUCAGGUGUCCGGAGGGAGCUAAGAUUUCCAUACAGUUUGUACAGUACGACAGAUCCUCGAACCUGUCCAUCUGCCCAGGGGAUUUGUACCGGCCCGACCCUCCUGUACCUGGACAGGACUGCCGGGUGAGGGACAGUGUACGCCAGAUAGAAGAUCUGUGCCAGGGCCAGGAAACCUGUUCUGUACAGACUGGGUUCGCUCUUCUAGGGGGAUCAAGAGGAGAUAGGUGUCCUAGAGUCAGGCGACAUCUUGAAAUCCUUUAUAAAUGCAAACCUGCAAGUUUCCGGUCUAGGGUGGAAUGUGGAGGAGAUGCUCUAAAUCUAUCCUGCUCCAAGAGCACUCAGAGGCUAGCUAUAAUGUCUGCAGCCUUUGCCUCUGCCUCUGCAGGACAUGUUUAUUGUCCUUUACAAAACUACCAGCAAGACGGGGUACCUGGAGUACCUGGAGUACCUGGAGUACCUGGAGUACCUGGAUAUAAACAGGAUGGAGUACCUGGAUAUCAGUAUUCCACACCACCUACUCAAGACCUUCUAAAGUGUGAGAAAACAUCCGUAACAUCUCAGAUUGUAUCUGCUUGUCAUGGACAAAAGGAUUGCAGUCUCCUAGCAGAUCCACAUAUUCUGGGGGUUCCAGAGUGUCACGAUCUUCAUGUAUUCAUGAAAACGACUUUCGCCUGCGUGGAUUUAUCCGUUUUUCUCCCACGUUUUCUUCUAAAUUCAACCCAGAGAGAUCGGUAUGAUUCCACAUCAUCAACAGAUAGAUCAACAACAACAUUAACAACAACAACAAGUACAACGUCAACAACAACUGUGUCUACAACAACAACAGAAUCUACGUUCUCAGAACUGAACACUAUAACAGUAAAGACCCCAAAAAUGGAUUAUUUCUAUGAAAGUAAUCCUGGUUCAGAAACUACUCCAGGUUCAGGACGGAGUAUAGGAGAGGAGUACUGGUGGAAUAGAGGAGAAGAACAAGCAGACUCAAACUAUAAAGGAGAUAGGAUCUAUCUGGACGAUAAGAACGGAGAUGAAAGCAUGAGAGAUAUGACACAGUCCGGACCAGUAAUUGUACCGAAGGACGAUAAGGAUUCGUCUGGACUACUCAUACUAACAUCUUCAGUUCUAACCAACCUCUCCUCCCUUCACUCCUUAUUUUAUAUAUGUGUGGAGCACAAGAUCGAGGUUGUUAUCUGCUUCAUCCUAGCCGCAGCGCUGGGAACAGUCACCUUUUUGAUCGCCUAUCUGAUCAGGUUUUUCAGAGCUCGAAGCCUUUCUCCGCGACUUCCUUCAACCACAGACCUAGAUACAGUAGACUGUGAUCCUGACAUUGAGAUUAUCCCAACCCCUCUCCCUGAACCUCAGUUCCUAUCAUCUCAUGAACCCAGAUAUUCAACCCUUGGACGAGGAACUAAAGUUUUGAGAAACUCACACACAGAUUACUCCACUCCUAGUCCUGCUAGGGACAAUGUAGUCCGUUACUCAACGAUAGGACGGCAGAGGACUAGUCCUAAUGGAGUUCAACCGUCCUCAUCUCCUCAACUUAUAUAUGCUCCGGGUAGCACAUAUAGCUCUGGUGGUGUCUCUAAUCAAAGUUCCUUCCUGGACUCGGAUCCUGUAAAUCCUAGGAGUUUAACUCUCAGUCAUAGAUCUGAUUUUUCACCCUACGAGUAG